GCUGUAACAUGCAAGUGAACUAGAGGAUUCAAGAUCGACCUAAACAACAAUUUAUGAGCAAUGCCAACCAUUGAACAAGGUAAGUAUACCUAUGGAGAAUGCGACUAACGACAAUAUAAUUUGCAAACAAAGUCUGGUGUAAACAACAAUAAAGAACGAAAUAUUAAAUAGGACAAUCGGUGACUUCUUUUCGCAGUAACAGUUCAAGCGGGAACCGGUGAUGCCGAAAUUGUUUAACUCCAUCACUUCAGUACAACUUUCUAGGUAAGGUUUUGAUACGUGUAUUACGUUUUCGCUUUACGGUGACUUGUGUAUAAAUGAGCCUAGAUGAAGCCCCUAAACCCCAUCUCGUGCUCCAUAACUCCUGUUUUCUACAUUUCAGAUUUCCAAACAUAAGAUUACUAGCUUCAUUCUUCUGCAAACUACUUAUCAAUAACAACAGCCUUAACCGUACACAAAGUCAUAUUGUCUAUCCUAUUACAUUGUUUUUAUAAGGAUGUCUUCAUCUACCAACUCUUUGAUGAAACCGCUGUCUCCAAGGAAUAUCGAGCCUCGUUCUCGUAGUAAAGUGACUGUUAUAGGUGUUGGAAUGGUCGGAAUGGCUGCAGCAUUCUCUACCAUGCAAGUGGCAGGAGAACUCGCACUUAUUGAUGUCGUAGCAGAUAAGGUUAAAGGAGAAGUUCUUGAUCUACAGCAUGGUCAACAGUUUAUUGGCAGGUGCAAAAUUGAUGGGGGAACCGACUACAAAUACUCUGCAAAUUCAGAUAUUGUCGUCAUCACUGCUGGUGCCAGACAAAACGAAGGAGAAUCACGACUGAACCUUGUUCAGCGUAAUGUUGAUAUAUUCAAGAAAAUAAUACCGAACAUUGUGAAAUACAGUCCAAACUGCAUCAUAGUCGUCGUAUCGAACCCUGUCGAUAUUUUGACAUAUGUUGCUCGAAGAUUGAGUGGAUUUGAAGCUCAUAGAGUAAUUGGGACCGGAACCAUGCUUGACUCGGCGAGGUUUCGUUUUCUGUUAGGUGAGAAAUUGGGAGUAUCUGCCAAUUCUGUCCAUGGGUAUGUAAUUGGUGAACAUGGUGACUCGAGUGUUGCUGUUUGGAGUAAUGUGAAUGUUGCUGGAGUUCGGCUGUCUUCUCUAAAUCCAAAGAUAGGAUGCAAAGAUGAUCCUGAAAAUUUCGAGGAAAUACACAAGCAAGUUGUCCAGAGUGCCUAUGACAUCAUUCGCUUGAAAGGUUACACCUCAUGGGCGAUCGGGUUGGCAUGUGGAUCACUUUGUAACGCACUACUAAAUAACCUUCAUACAGUUUAUCCACUCUCUGUUCCUGUCAAAGGAAUUCACGGAAUCGAAGAGGAUGUUUAUUUGAGUUUACCAUGUCUUGUUACUUCAGCUGGAAUCAGUCAUUUGAUUCCACCUGAACUUAGUGCGGAUGAAUUGUGUAAAUUGAGAAAAAGUGCUGCCACUUUGAAUGAAGUGAUACAAAGAAUUAUUUGGUAAAAUUGAAUACAAUUAAAAUAACAGUCUGGUAGCGCAUCAACAUUGCAGUAAUUUCUGUACGUCACUGAUUAUUAUUUUCAUGUUUUACGUUAAGAAAUUUGUUUUCGAAUUACUUAAACAAAACUCUAUGAUGCUUGUUUUAUAACACAUAGCUGAGUGCUUACGUUGACAAUUAAAUAUAAAUUUGCGGUCCACUAAAUACAGUACUAAUUGUGUUUAAAUUCUUUUCAUUGCAUCAGGGCGGUUACAAACAAGUUUUCUAUAUCAAUAGAUGAACGCUGCUAGCACCUGUCUAUGUUUAGUAAAUCAUACCAAGCAGAAAUCUGUGUAGCGUAAUCAACAUCCUAACCAAUCAAUUUCUCUUUUCAAUUAUCAGGACGCUUUCAUUUCAUGCUAAUUUACGUGCUUACUGUCAUGGAUUCGAUUAGUUGUUAAACGCAAGUGCAUUUUACGAACUUACGAAUUUGUCGUCUCAUUUUUGUUUUGUUCUUUAAUAUUUAUAAUUCUCAAACAUGUAUUACUUUACAUACUCCUCCUUCUUUAGCGCACAACGUACCUUCGCAAUAGACGAAAGCCUAUCAAAGUCUAAACGCUACAUCGAUCAUAGCAUCAUCGUUCUUUUAAUGACAAACAAAAGUAGUGUAUCACAGUAAUAACUGAUCAGGUCAGGGUACCGUGAAUGGUUACUGAACAUUUCAAGUGCUUUCAGGUUUAAAUAAGUCAGUAAUGAGACCUUUGAGGGACUGUAAAAUCAUAUAUCUCGUUAGAACUGAACUGCAUAUCACUGGAUUGGUACGUUCUUAGAACAUAUAAUAAUCAGAAACAAACAAUAACGGUUCAUCAAAGCAUGUGAUGACUCAAAUAUUAAUGCACCAAAUAUUCUCCAUGUUAAAUGUAAUUCGACAUGGAUGUCACGUACCCUUGACUUGUUCUCAAGUCUAUGGAGUCUACGCAGAUUUUACUGAUUCUAGUGAUUUCUCAGUCUUCAGAUAAGAUUUAGAAUGCGGCAGUUUCACUUUCGAUUAACAGUUACGAAUGUUACAACUAAGUUCUCGUAUCAAGAAUAUCCGAGGACCGACUGGUCAUUUCUUGAAGCGUAUUUCUUGUAUGUAGUCAGUUAUGGCUUACGCAGUAAUACUUCACUUUUAUGAAGUUAUACUCACUUACUUGGUUCAGAUCAUCUAAGAUUUGGGAAUUGUGUUUGAACCUUCAUCAAUUGGUAAAUCUUGUUAUUCCCCGUGUCCCGUCAAAUACUACGUGACAAAAUCACCAAUGAGAAUACCGACAUCCAUGACGUUGUCUCUGUGCUAAACUAGUGAUGCGUUGACCAGCACUAGCAAUGUUAAGUCAACUCUGAGCCUAAUCGGUCCUCUGUAUAGUAGCUUCUCGCCCAACUCAGUCCGUCCAGUCCAGAACACAAAUAUCGGUCUCCGAUAUGUGAAUCGUAUAUUUCAGAUAUACGUGGUUUUUAUACAGGCAAACUAGACCGUAUCACACCAUAGAAUGAGAAGUAAUAAUUAUACAAGACCGAUCCAAAAUUGGGUAUGUGUGUGGUAUACUAAGACGAAUAAACUGUGAAUACGUUAACAGUAGCCAAUAGGUCAAAUGGACGAUUUUGAUAAAAGGGAAUAUGUAUAUAUACAUAAUCUAGUUACUUAAUUAUUACCCAAUAGGAAUAUAUUUAAUGACAGUCCGUGGACAAUUCAG